AUGGGGGGCUCUGACUCAACAAAACCUAUUUAUUAUGGCCAUAAUGAUGAAGAUGUGGAAGAAGAAAAAGUGGAAUUACAAUGUUCUGAAACAUAUAAUUAUGCCAAAAAUUGGGCUUUGAAGGUAGAAAAAUAUAAUAAAGACAAUGAAUACGAACCUUUUAAGAAUACAACUAAUGAAUCUAAUAAUACAGACCAAGAUAACCAAAUGAGCAAAAUGGAAUCAAGAAUCAAAAAGUUAACAAAAGCCAUUAUAAGCCUUAAAGAGAAUAAACUACCUAAUGCACGAUGUAAUCAAAGGAUGAAUAAUGCAACACAAGAUCAAAACAUAAAUAACCAGAAUCAAAUUAAUGAUAUAGUAAAAGGCAAAAGUGAUGAAUACCUGAUGAUAAAAGCCAAAGAUGGUGAAUCAUUGUUUGAUGUAAGGAAUGAAGUCAAGUAG